ACUGGUGUAUCCUUGGCAUUCGUUGCUUGCUUUAUCUUUUUGAUGGGUUGCAAUGGAUUCUCCCCAUCAUCCUCUCUCCCUCUCUCUAUAACAUAAAGCAGUUUAUACGUACAGAAACCAUGGAGGGUCUUGUCCAAACCCUCGUAACGCCUCCAAAUCACCACCCACGACAAUCCUAUUGCUCAACAACGACAACAACUACAAGAGUCAUAGCAUCAGCUACACCACGAAAACUACUACUCUCUCCCUACACCUUCACUCUCUCUCUUCAUCAUCAUCCUCUUUCUUCUUCACAUUCGGCCUUCGGUUUUUCCACCACUUUUUAUCCCCCUUCUCGUUUCGCCUCAACUUUUGACUCAGUUUUACUUGCAACACCGGAGAGUCAAUUGAGUGUAGGAGUCAGCACUGAAUCAAGCGAGUGGGCACUGCAAGAUUUUUAUACCUUGAGAAGGGAUGUCGAAACUACCUCAGGCCGUGUUGAGGAGAUUACGGCCUCUGCUGGCAUGAAGCAAUUAGAAGAAGAUGUUGCAGCUUUGGAAAUGAAUGCUUCGGACAGCACUUUCUGGGAUGAUCGUGCUAAAGCUCAGCAAACCCUUCUGGCCUUGACUGAUGUCAAAGACAAAAUAAGGCUUCUAACUGAGUUCAAAACCCAGGUUGAAGAUGCCGAAACAAUUGUUAAGCUUACUGAGGAGAUGGAUUCUAUUGAUUCUGGGCUUCUUGAAGAGGCUGUCAAUAUUAUUAAAGAACUAAACAAGGCAUUGGAUCGGUUUGAAUUGACUCAGCUACUUUCUGGUCCCUAUGACAAAGAAGGUGCUGUUAUUUCAAUCACGGCCGGUGCUGGGGGUACUGAUGCACAGGAUUGGGCUGACAUGCUUCUCAGGAUGUAUGUGAGAUGGGGAGAGAAACAAAGAUACAAAACAAGAGUGGUUGAAAAGUCCUUGGGAGAAGAAGCUGGGAUUAAGUCAGCCACAAUUGAAAUUGAAGGUCGUUAUGCCUAUGGGUAUUUGUCGGGGGAAAAGGGUACACAUCGCAUUGUACGACAGUCUCCUUUCAAUUCUAAGGGCCUUCGCCAGACGAGCUUUUCUGGUGUUGAAUGCAUACCUCUUCUUCCUGAAGAGUCGCUGGAUGUUGAAAUGCCUGAGGAAGACCUAGAAUUCAGUUUUUCAAGGGCAGGUGGGAAAGGAGGUCAGAAUGUGAAUAAGGUUGAAACUGCUGUCCGGAUUACCCAUAUCCCCACUGGCAUCACUGUUCGCUGCACAGAAGAGAGGUCCCAACUGGCAAACAAGAUCAAGGCCUUGAGCCGGUUGAAAGCUAAACUGAUGGUCAUCGCGGUGGAGCAACGAGCAUCUGAAAUCAAGCAAAUUAGAGGAGAUGUCGUGAAGGCCGAGUGGGGCCAGCAAAUACGAAACUACGUAUUCCAUCCAUACAAGCUUGUGAAAGACGUAAGAACAGCGUACGAGACCUCGGACAUCACUUCUGUUAUGGAUGGUGAAUUGGAUCCCUUCAUUAAAGCCUACCUCAAAUACAAAUACAGUGCAUCCAUGUCCUCUAGUGGAUUAGAAUAACAAUUAAUCCAGAUUUUCACUUUCAGGGUUGCACAUUUAUAUCAGCUCUUUGAUUUUUUUGGUCUUUUUUGUUUAAUAAAUUAUUUUGUUGAUCAUUUUUAGGCUUCUAAACUUGCUCAGUUGUUAGGCUUCUAAUCUCCUGACUCAUGACUGUCAAUGGUAAUGGUAGCACUUAUGAAACUUACAUGAUGAACUGUUUUAUAAGUAGUGAUCAUUAGUAAUACAAAGCCAAUUAAUGAAU